AUGGUUCGCGGGCCUAAGAAGCACAUGAAGCGGCUGAACGCGCCCAGCCACUGGAUGCUGGACAAGCUGGGCGGCAUUUUCGCCCCCAAGCCGUCGCCCGGCCCCCACAAGCAGCGGGAGUGCCUGCCGCUGCUGCUGGUGCUGCGCAACCGCCUCAAGUAUGCGCUGACCGGCAAGGAGGUCAAGUCCAUCCUGAUGCAGCGCCUGGUCAAGGUGGACGGCAAGGUGCGCACUGACACCACCUACCCUGCGGGCUUCAUGGAUGUGAUCGACAUCGACAAGACGGACGAGCACUUCCGCCUGCGGUGUGGGCAGUAG